AUGGCAAACGCGCGGAACCGGCCCCAUCCGGCUAUCCAGUAUUUUGCUGGCCCAGACUGGUCCAAUUCGGACAAAACAGAGGCCCAUACACUGGAGGAGGCCGAGCAGGGUGACUGGCGUAUUCUUGAGGAGCAGAACUGCAGGGCCCUGUGGAAGGACUGCAUCCAGUAUGCGAACUGCACGCCCUGGGACAUUGUCGGCGAGAAACCCGAUAACGAUUCCAUCUGGCCGAGAGGGUUCCCCGGCGCGCACGCCUUGAACAUCGCCGUGGCGAUACAGUACGCCGUGAUCCUGCGUACCAACGAUCGACGGCCAUGGGAUCCGGCCCCCGCCAGCGCCGAUUCGCUCUACAGUAUGAUGCGGGAACUCACAGAGGCGGAUGGGCCGAUGUGGCAGAGGCACCGCAAAGGCCGCGAACUUUCCGCGGAGCAACCUAUCAACCUGUCGCCCAUGUCGCUCGUUUUCCGCGCUCUCGAGACCGAGGUAAUCACUUCUCGCGGCUCUUUCGAUAUUUCCCAUGAUGGUAUGUAUGAGGUCAAGACGCAAGACCUAAAGAGCAUCAUCAAGGCACUGGACAACAUUGUUACUCCACGUGUUGGAAUCUCCGGUUUCUUCACAACCAGCGUGCAGCAUCUUGCAACUCUCGCUGCUCGCACAACGGAGCCUAGUCCCUCUGCUCAGGAGCUUCCAGCUUUCCACGAAGUAGUCAUGGUAGAGGAGAGACGUCGUCGCAUCAGACGCCUCCGUCAAGAUGUAGCUGGUGGCGUCAGUGUCAGUGACCCCUUCGCACAUAGUGCUGGAAACAGUCCGGUUCCUUCUGAGCGCACCUUCUGA